CCCGAGCGCCCCGGGCCGCCUUGGCUAUGGCGGCCGCCGCCUGAGCAUGGAGCGGGAGGAGAAGGCGGCGUCGGCGCGGGAUCCUGAGGGCGACGCCAUGCCGGAGAAGCGCGCGGGCGCCCAGGCCGCGGGCGGCGGCGCCUCGCCACAAGGCGUUGGACGACCAAGUGUAUACCAUGCUGCUAUUGUCAUCUUUCUUGAAUUCUUUGCUUGGGGUCUAUUGACCACUCCAAUGUUAACUGUUCUACGUGAAACAUUUCCUCAGCAUACUUUCCUCAUGAAUGGUCUCAUUCAAGGUGUAAAGGGUCUUCUCUCUUUUCUCAGCGCCCCUCUUAUAGGUGCCCUCUCUGAUGUUUGGGGGAGGAAACCCUUUCUCCUUGGCACAGUUUUCUUCACCUGCUUCCCAAUUCCAUUGAUGCGGAUCAGCCCAUGGUGGUAUUUUGCCAUGAUUUCAGUGUCUGGAGUCUUCUCAGUCACAUUCUCUGUGAUAUUUGCCUACGUGGCUGAUGUCACGCAGGAGCAUGAACGAAGUACUGCUUAUGGAUGGGUCUCUGCCACUUUCGCGGCCAGUCUGGUCAGCAGUCCUGCCAUCGGCGCAUACCUCUCAGCCAAUUAUGGAGACAGCCUUGUGGUGCUGGUUGCCACUGUGGUGGCUCUUGUGGACAUCUGUUUCAUCUUACUGGCUGUCCCAGAGUCUUUGCCAGAAAAAAUGAGGCCGCUUUCCUGGGGAGCUCAGAUUUCUUGGAAACAAGCAGAUCCUUUUGCGUCCCUAAAGAAAGUUGGCAAAGAUUCCACUGUUCUGCUAAUCUGUAUCACUGUGUUUCUUUCGUACCUUCCUGAAGCUGGACAGUAUUCAAGUUUUUUUCUUUAUCUCAGGCAGGUUAUAGGUUUUGGAUCUGUUAAAAUUGCUGCAUUUAUAGCUAUGGUAGGAAUUCUGUCCAUUGUGGCUCAGACAUUCUUUCUUAGCAUCUUGAUGAGAUCCCUAGGAAAUAAGAACACUGUCCUCCUUGGCUUAGGCUUCCAGAUGUUCCAGUUAGCCUGGUAUGGGUUUGGAUCUCAGGCUUGGAUGAUGUGGGCAGCAGGCACAGUGGCUGCCUUGUCAAGCAUCACUUUUCCAGCAGUCAGUGCCCUCGUCUCUCGGAAUGCGGAGUCAGAUCAGCAAGGAGUUGCUCAAGGGAUCAUAACUGGAAUAAGGGGGCUCUGUAAUGGCUUGGGGCCAGCACUGUAUGGCUUUAUUUUCUAUCUGUUUCACGUUGAGCUGAAUGAGUCGGAAUCAGAAGUGAAGUCUGACAGUGCUACCCUGCAGGAAGCCAUUGUCCCAGGGCCACCAUUUUUAUUUGGGGCAUGUAUAGUUCUUAUGUCAUUUCUGGUUGCCUUAUUCAUCCCUGAGUACAGUAAAGGCAGUGGAAUCCAGAAACACAGCAACAGCAUCAGCGGGAACCUGACCAACACCCCAGACCGGGGCAGUGAUGAGGACAUUGAGCCACUCCUGCAAGAUAGCAGCAUCUGGGAGCUCUCUUCCUUUGAAGAGCUUGGAAAUCAGAGCACUGAACUCUGAACAUAGCAGUUCAGAGAGCCGGGGAGGGCCACACCAUACGCAAACUUUAAUGGUGCUGAAGGAGAGAGGCUGGUGGCAUCCUUCAGGGCCAAGUUUGAGAAGCAACCCUCUCCAUCCAUCUGCCUCAUUCCCCUUCUUCUUCCGUUUCCUCUCUUCCAGUCUUUGUCUUUCAGUUGUCAUGUUAGAGCAAACUAAGAUUUGAAAAACUUUUUGCAACUGAUAUUAAACUCUCAAAGUUAUCUGGAGUCCAACUUUGAAAACACAAUAGAAAAAGUCAUAUCUCCAGUAGAAAUGAUGACUUUUCCUUAUUAACUCAGGAUUUAGGGUAACCUCCCAUUUCCUUUUCAAUAGAAGGUUCAGCUUGACAGCAGGGUGGCCAACUCUGUCUAAACUUGAGAUAAAGAUUCCCUUCUUAGCAUCUCUUUUACUGUUCCUGAACUGUCUGCUUAGUCUUUGGGUCGCUGAUUCAGAGUCACUCCA